CAGAUAGGGACACAGCGAAGGCAGAGGGAGGCAGAAGGGCCAAUAGCCUCAGACAAGGGAAUCGGUGCAAUCUGGCCCGUGUUUGCGGAUGAUAAUGCGCCUUUCCAAAGCCCUGAUAGACAUGGAGAUGGCCGAUUACAGCGCGGCGCUGGACCCGGCAUAUACCACUCUGGAGUUCGAGAACAUGCAGGUGCUGGCCAUGGGCAGCGACACAUCUCCCUCGGAAGCAGCCAGCCUCAACACCACCAGCAGCAUGGGGGUGAGUGUGCUGUGUGCCAUCUGCGGGGACCGUGCCACAGGGAAGCACUACGGGGCUUCCAGCUGUGAUGGCUGCAAAGGCUUCUUCAGAAGGAGUGUCCGGAAGAACCACAUGUACUCCUGCAGGUUUAACAGGCAGUGUGUAGUAGACAAAGAUAAAAGGAACCAGUGCCGAUACUGCAGACUUAAGAAGUGCUUCCGAGCAGGAAUUGCUGCUCCUGAGCCAAAAUAUUCUCUUGCAGCUGUACAGAAUGAACGGGACCGAAUCAGCACCCGAAGAUCAAGUUAUGAAGAUAGCAGCUUGCCUUCCAUAAACGUAUUGUUGCAGGCAGAAGUCCUGGCCCAACAGAUAUCAUCCCCUGUUCCUGUGAUGAGUGGAGACAUCCGAGGGAAGAAGAUUGCCAACAUCGCAGACGUGUGCGAGUCCAUGAAGCAGCAGCUGCUGGUGCUGGUGGAGUGGGCCAAGUACAUCCCUGCCUUCUGCGAGCUGCCCCUGGACGACCAGGUGGCAUUGCUGCGAGCACACGCAGGUGAACAUCUGUUACUAGGAGCUGCCAAGAGGUCCAUGGUGUUCAAGGAUGUCUUGCUGCUAGGAAAUGACCACAUCAUCCCACGGAACUGCCCCGAGCUGGUGGAGGUGAGCCGCGUGGCCAUGCGCAUUCUGGACGAGCUGGUCCUGCCCUUCCAGGAACUGCAGAUCGAUGAUAACGAGUAUGCCUGCUUGAAAGCCAUCAUCUUCUUCGACCCAGAUGCCAAAGGACUCAGCGACCCCGUGAAGAUCAAGCGGAUGCGGUACCAGGUGCAGGUCAGCCUGGAGGACUAUAUCAACGACCGGCAGUACGACUCACGGGGCCGCUUUGGGGAGCUGCUGCUGCUGCUGCCUGUUCUGCAGAGCAUUACCUGGCAGAUGAUAGAGCAGAUCCAGUUUGUUAAGCUCUUCGGGAUGGCCAAGAUAGACAACCUGCUGCAGGAGAUGCUGCUGGGAGGGUCAUCAAGUGAAACGCCACAUGCUCACCACCCUCUCCACCCUCACCUGAUCCAGGAGAACCUUGGAACAAAUGUCAUUGUGGCCAACACAAUGCCGCCGCAGAUGCACAACGGGCAGAUGUCUACUCCAGAGACUCCACAGCCAUCUCCACCUGCGGGCUCUGGGCCAGAGCAAUACAAGCUGCUGCCUGGAGCCACUGCAACUGUGGCAAAACAGCCCAGCUCCAUCCCACAACCCACCAUCACCAAACAGGAGGUCAUCUAGCAAUCUGCAGAGCAACUGGCCUCUUCAGAAGACUGUGUGGGAGAAAAGCCAGAACUGUCUCUACCACUGUGAAAAGAGAGCCAUA